AUGUUCGGCGGUCCUCCGGAGCAACCAUCAGAAGCUGAGCUUCAAGAAGCCAACCGAGUCGCUGGCGCCAAUGUCCAGCUCUUCGCCAUCACAUGCACCGCACUAUGGUUCUCACCGCAUGUCGUUGACUGGGCAAGAAAGUUGUUCUAA